AUGAAACAGAUAUCUUCUGGUUUAUCAUCACAGAAGAUCGGACGUCAGAUAGAACAGAGUCUACCUCCUCAAAAGACAGAUAUCUUCUGCAAAGUUCUUGAAUUAUGUCGAACUCUGCUGAAGAAACCAGGAGUACAUUCUACUAUAGCUAUGCUUUCAGCUGGAUUUUAUUAUAUUGACAAUAAGGAUACAGUCAAGUGUGAUGAAUGUGGACUAGAAGUAAGUGGAUGGACAUUGGACAUGAAGCCGUUUGCUAUUCAUGCUCAACGGAGCCCGACAUGCGCUUUUGUUCGUUCUAUUCUUCCUGAUCAAAUUAUACCUGUACCAUCAACGGUGAAUCUACUUUCAACUACUUCAGGAUUGACGGAUGAUGAAAAACCAUCUAAACGUCAGAAAAUAGAAGCAACGCAAGAGAUGUGUCAGCCAUGUCGGCUAAUCGAAGUCGACACGCUAAAGCAAAUAAGAAAACGAACUUUUUCACAUUGGCCACAUCAGACAUCACCCUCAUCUGCACAAAUGAUCGACGCUGGGUUUUUCGGUUGUAAUGUUGGCGAUCGAGUGAUUUGUUUGUAUUGCAAUAUUAUUUGUCAACAAUGGACUCCCCAUACAGACGACCCAUGUGAAAUACACAAAAAACUCUCUCCUAAGUGUCCCUACGUCAUUGCAAUGUUAAAACGUCAGCAAACAGCAUCAGUUGUAAUUAUCAAUGAAUUUUCUAACAAUGGUCAUACAUUGACUUCGAACAACACUGAUCCACUUCGAUUCAAUGAAAUUGUAUACACUGCUGCAUGUCAUACAAAUUAUAUCGAAAUUCCUAGGCGUCAUGCGUCUUUUGCUACAUUGCCAAACGAAAAUUUGCCAUCUGUUGAAGAUCUUGUCAAAGCUGGCUUCUUUUAUACUGGUACCAAAACAAUUGUCACAUGCUUUUAUUGUAAUGGAUCACUACAAAGCUUACGUCCGAAUGUCGAUCCAUUGAUUGAACAUGUCCGUUGGUUUCCACAUUGUGCCUAUGCUAAACAAUUAUGUGGUGACCAGUUACAUCAUGAAAUCCAAGAAUCUCACAGAGGACAAGGUAUGGUUUAA